CGCGCGCUAAGCUUCGGGGCCGAGCUAACAUCUUGGGUUUUCUCUUAUUUCUCCUUGGUUUUUGACUUUCUCCGGUCGCUGUUGUCUCCGAUUUUCGAUAUGCCGUCUUCUUUGCUGGGCUCGGCAAUGCCGGCCUCCACGUCGGCCGCAGCCCUGCAGGAAGCUUUGGAAAAUGCGGGGCGGCUCAUCGACCGUCAGUUGCAAGAAGACCGCAUGUACCCGGACCUUUCCGAUCUGCUCAUGGUGUCUGCCCCAAAUAAUCCCACUGUUUCUGGCAUGUCAGAUAUGGAUUAUCCUCUACAAGGACCUGGUUUGCUGUCGGUACCCAACCUGCCAGAGAUCAGUUCCAUUCGAAGAGUUCCUCUCCCACCUGAACUUGUUGAACAGUUUGGACAUAUGCAGUGUAACUGCAUGAUGGGCGUGUUCCCUCCUAUCAGUAGAGCUUGGCUCACAAUCGACAGUGACAUAUUCAUGUGGAACUACGAAGAUGGAGGAGACCUUGCCUAUUUUGAUGGACUUAGUGAGACUAUUCUUGCUGUGGGGCUUGUGAAACCAAAAGCUGGCAUCUUUCAACCUCAUGUACGACAUCUUCUGGUUUUGGCAACCCCUGUGGAUGUAGUGAUUCUUGGACUCAGUUAUACUAAUUUGCAAACUGGUUCUGGAGUUCUCAAUGACAGUAUGUGUGGUGGAAUGCAGUUACUUCCAGAUCCUUUAUAUUCUCUUCCUACUGAUAAUACUUACCUUUUAACAAUAACUUCCACUGAUAAUGGCAGAAUUUUCUUGGCUGGAAAGGAUGGCUGUUUAUAUGAAAUAGCAUACCAAGCAGAAGCAGGCUGGUUUAGCCAGAGGUGUAGGAAAAUAAACCACUCAAAGAGUGCACUUUCUUUCCUUGUUCCUUCAUUACUACAGUUCACAUUCUCAGAAGAUGAUCCUAUUGUUCAAAUUGCAAUUGAUAAUUCAAGAAAUAUUUUAUAUACACGAUCGGAAAAAGGAGUAAUACAGGUGUAUGAUUUGGGCCAUGAUGGACAAGGAAUGAACAGAGUUGCCUCAGUGUCACAGAAUUCUAUUGUUUCUGCUGCUGGAAACAUUGCUAGGACCAUAGAUCGUUCUGUUUUUAAACCAAUUGUUCAAAUAGCGGUGAUUGAAAACUCCGAAUCACUGGACUGUCAGUUAUUGGCUGUCACACAUGCAGAUAAUUUUACCCCAUCAUCAGGUGUAAGACUAUAUUUCAGCACUUGUCCGUUCAGACAGCCAUGGGCACGCCCUAAUACAUUGACACUGGUCCACAUUCGCUUACCUCCUGGAUUCUCAGCAUCUUCAACGGUGGAAAAACCUUCAAAAGUACAUAAAGCUCUUUAUAGUAAAGGUAUUCUACUGAUGGCAGCCUCAGAAAAUGAAGAUAAUGACAUUUUGUGGUGUGUCAACCAUGAUACAUUUCCUUUCCAAAAGCCAAUGAUGGAAACCCAGAUGACUACUCGUGUUGAUGGUCAUUCCUGGGCUCUUUCUGCAAUAGAUGAGUUCAAAGUAGAUAAGAUAAUCACACCCUUAAAUAAGGAUCAUAUUCCCAUAACUGACUCACCCGUUGUUGUACAGCAGCACAUGUUGCCUCCAAAGAAGUUUGUUCUCCUCUCAGCACAGGGGAGUCUUAUGUUUCAUAAACUUAGACCUGUAGAUCAACUGAGGCAUCUACUUGUGAGUAAUGUGGGUGGAGAUGGAGAAGAGAUUGAAAGAUUCUUUAAAUUACAUCAGGAAGACCAGGCCUGUGCAACUUGCCUUAUUCUUGCUUGUUCCACUGCUGCCUGUGACCGAGAAGUAUCUGCUUGGGCCACUCGGGCUUUCUUCAGGUAUGGUGGUGAAGCACAGAUGAGAUUUCCAGCCACUCUCCCCACUCCGAGUAAUGUUGGUCCCAUCCUGGGGUCUCCUGUCUACUCUGGUUCUCCUGUUCCUAGUGGUAGUACAUACCUGAAUCCAUCCUUUUUGGGAACACCAUCUCAAGGUGUUCAUCCUCCUGCUAUGUCAACUCCAGUGUGUGCUGUGGGAAAUCCAGCAACUCAGGCCACAAGUAUGAGUUGUAUGGCUGGACCAGAGAUUGUGUACUCUGGGAAACACAAUGGUAUUUGCAUUUACUUUUCUCGAAUCAUGGGAAACAUCUGGGAUGCUAGUUUAGUUGUGGAGAGAGUAUUCAAGAGUGGCAACAGAGAGAUAACUGCAAUUGAAAGUAGUGUUCCCUCCCAGCUGCUGGAGUCAGUGCUACAAGAACUGAAAGGUUUGCAAGAAUUUCUAGACAGAAACUCCCAGUUUACAGGAGGACCAUUAGGAAAUCCAAAUACUACUGCCAAAGUGCAGCAGAGGCUGAUAGGAUUCAUGCGCCCUGAAAAUGGAAAUACCCAGCAAAUGCAACAGGAGCUGCAGAGGAAGUUUCAUGAGGCUCAACUGAGUGAAAAGGUUUCACUUCAGGCAAUCCAGCAGUUGGUUCGAAAAUCAUACCAGGCUCUGGCUUUAUGGAAACUUCUUUGUGAACAUCAGUUCACUGCCAUUGUAGGAGAACUUCAGAAGGAAUUUCAAGAACAGUUGAAAAUCACCACCUUUAAAGAUAUGGUAAUCAGGGACAAGGAACUGACCGGGGCAUUAAUUGCUUCUCUAAUCAACUGCUACAUCAGAGAUAAUGCUGCUGUUGAUGGCAUUAGUUUACACUUACAGGACAUCUGCCCACUUCUGUAUAGCACUGAUGAUGCAGUUUGUUCUAAGGCAAAUGAGCUUCUCCAGCGUUCCCGACAAGUUCAAAAUAAGAUUGAAAAGGAAAGAAUGUUAAGGGAAUCAUUAAAGGAGUAUCAAAAAAUCAGCAAUCAAGUGGACCUGUCCAGUAUUUGUGCUCAGUAUAGACAAGUGCGUUUUUAUGAGGGUGUAGUGGAGCUCUCUCUUACUGCUGCAGAGAAAAAAGAUCCUCAGGGUCUUGGACUUCAUUUCUAUAAACAUGGAGAACCAGAAGAAGACAUCGUGGGACUUCAGGCUUUCCAAGAAAGAUUAAACAGUUACAAGUGUAUUACAGAUACACUUCAAGAACUGGUAAAUCAAAGUAAGGCUGCUCCUCAGUCUCCCAGCGUCCCCAAAAAACCCGGACCUCCAGUGUUGUCAUCUGAUCCCAAUAUGCUGAGUAAUGAAGAAGCAGGCCAUCAUUUUGAACAAAUGCUUAAAUUGUCUCAAAGAUCCAAAGAUGAACUCUUUAGUAUUGCCCUUUAUAAUUGGCUAAUACAAGCUGACCUUGCAGAUAAACUGCUACAGGUUGCUUCUCCAUUUCUGGAGCCACAUCUAGUCCGAAUGGCCAAAGUUGAUCAAAACAAAGUUCGUUACAUGGAUUUACUCUGGAGGUAUUAUGAGAAGAACAGAAGUUUUAGCAAUGCUGCUCGUGUCCUAUCCAAAUUGGCAGACAUGCAUAGCACAGAAAUUUCACUUCAGCAGCGACUAGAGUACAUUGCUCGUGCCAUUCUUAGUGCCAAAAGUUCCACUGCCAUUUCAUCAAUAGCUGCAGAUGGUGAAUUCCUUCAUGAAUUAGAAGAAAAAAUGGAAGUUGCUAGGAUCCAACUUCAGAUACAAGAGACACUACAAAGGCAAUAUUCCCAUCAUUCUUCUGUACAGGAUGCAAUUUCUCAGCUGGACUCUGAGCUAAUGGACAUAACUAAGCUUUAUGGGGAAUUUGCUGACCCAUUUAAACUUGCAGAAUGUAAACUUGCAAUAAUUCAUUGUGCUGGUUAUUCAGACCCUAUACUGGUGCAGACACUUUGGCAAGAUAUCAUAGAGAAAGAACUGAAUGAAAGUGUGACGUUGAGCUCCCCAGACAGGAUGCAUGCUCUUAGUCUCAAGAUUGUCCUCCUUGGCAAGAUGUAUGCCGGCACACCUCGUUUCUUUCCUCUAGAUUUUAUUGUGCAGUUCUUAGAGCAGCAAGUUUGCACUUUGAACUGGGAUGUGGGUUUUGUGAUACAGACAAUGAAUGAAAUUGGAGUGCCAUUACCUAGACUACUGGAAGUAUAUGAUCACUUGUUCAAGUCACGGGAUCCUUUCUGGAACAGAAUGAAGAAGCCACUGCACCUUUUGGAUUGUAUACAUGUACUAUUGACAAGAUAUGUUGAAAAUCCUAGCCAAGUUUUAAAUUGUGAGAGGAGAAGAUUCACAAAUCUCUGCCUGGAUGCUGUUUGUGGUUAUCUGGUUGAGCUCCAGUCUAUGAGCUCCUCAGUAGCAGUACAGGCUAUCACUGGGAAUUUUAAAUCUCUUCAGGCUAAACUAGAACGGCUUCAUUAAUUAUUGUAAUGUAUUUUCAUCCAUGUGUUUUGAUCUGUAAAAUAAAAGCUCAGCUGGGUCCAGAUUUCAGGUGCUAUAAAU